AUGGAAAUAAAAAAAGUUAUUGGUGAUUAUGAUAAAUUUUUAAAUAUUGUAUUUAAUCAUUUAAUUGGAUGUGGUGGUUUUAAAGAACAAGAAUUAAUCGAUUGGGAAAUUGACCAUGUUUGUUAUCGUGUCAGUACUAAAGAAAACUAUGAAGAAAAGAAAAAGCAAUUAGGUGAAUUGGGUGUCAAUUUAAUUGAAGCCAAUGUCAACGGUAGACCAAUUUCAACAUAUAAAUUAAACAAACCAAUUGAAUUUUCAUAUAGCGGUAACCCAUUAAUCAAAAAGUUAAUUCCAUUAGUCGAAUUACCAAUGCCAAAAAACUCAAAUACAAAAGAUGGUCUUGAACACUUUGAAAUGGUCAUUGGUGAAGGCAAAGAUUUAAAAGAAUUUGUUGACCAACAUCCAAUCAAUAAACAAGUUUCUAAUUGGGUAUACAAUGGUAUUAAUAAAGAUUUUAAUGCUGAUAUCGAAGUCGAAUUUUAUUUAACCAAUCAAGAUAAAUUAGAUAUCAACCACCCACAAAAUGAAAUGGAUGAAAAAAGAACAUUUAGCGUUAAAUUCCAUCACCAAUCUUUAGAAACAGUUAUUGCCUAUGAAAUCAAACAUGGUUUAACAAAAUAA